UGCCAAACUAAUUAUGAGCAACCGUGGACAACUAGUGCCAACCAACGGUGGUAUUCUAGAUUCCUAAUUAUAAACUAAUUAUCGAACAACUACUCUGUUGUCUCUUAGUAAUUUUUUUUUCCCACCGACCUUUGUCACUUGAACGGUGCAAGCUGAUCCCGAACUGCCUACGAAUCGGCCUUCGACGUCCUGUUUAUUUAAUUAAGCCUGGGAACUGCCCACUCGCCAUGAAGCAAAGAGAGCUCUCAACCCUCUCCCUCUUUUCCCCCUUUAUCCAACACUACCCUUGUAAUCCUGCCUCGAGCUUGCCGGUGCUCGCCGCCCGCACCAGGAUAAGGCCGCAGCCAUGUCGCCAACAAGCAGCCUAGUCUACAGCCUCCUAGUGCCCAAGCCCCAGCCACCGCCCUACAACAGGCUGGCCAAGCUGACCAUGACGGUCGAGGUCGAGACGGUCGCGCUGCAGCCGGACAAGGCAACCCCGGCACCGCCCAGUGUCGGGGCGGGCGAGGGCGGCCGUGUGAAAAGGGGGUGAGCAGCGGGCGAAGAGAUGAGAUUCCGGGAGGUAUGUUGGUUGGUUGGCGAGCAACCUAUUAAUUAGCAACCUAACCCCCGUCGAGGCUUACUGAGGCACGUAGGGUGGGUAUAAAGAGGAGGAAGAAAAAAUGAAUUUGG